AAUGGUGAGCUGUUUCAAAGUGCAUUCAAACAUUUUAAACUACUGUUUUUAAUACCGUUUUGUAAAUAAUAUUUUGACCCUCAACCUAAAAUUUGGAUGAUAUUAAGUUCUAUUUACUACUUUUUGUCGGUGUGUUUAUGAAGAGUGGUCCGACCGCUGUCAGUCCUGAUAGUGGGAAGUUUGCUUGCUAAACCAGCUCAACAGCGGAUGGCAAUAAUUAAUCCCGAAAACCUCAACAUGGAAGAAUUGACAACUCCAGUUCGAGAAAAACAUAAAUUCAAUGUUGGCAGUCUUCAAAGAUACUUGUCUUUCGAGAUGCAGCUGUCUAACAAUGAAACAUUCACUGUCAGACAAUACAGCGCAGGACAGUCAAACCCAACUUUCCUAAUCCAGACACCCACGAAAGGCUUUGUCCUCAGGAAGCGACCGCCCGGCCAGCUUCUUCCCGGGGCUCACAAAGUGGACAGGGAGUACCGGGUGCAGAGGGCCCUGUUCUCGGCUGGUUUUCCUGUGCCUCAGCCCCUCUUACACUGCACUGAUGUUGAGGUUAUAGGCACAGAGUUCUAUGUAAUGGAACAUGUGAGGGGUCGUAUAUUCAGAGAUGUGCGUCUCCCCGGAGUGAGUCCAGCAGAGAGAGCUGCUCUGUAUGUAGCUGCAGUGGAAGUGCUGGCGAGGAUGCAUUCCCUGGACCUUGCGUCACUGGGCCUCGAAGGCUUUGGACGAGGACCGGGUUACUGCAGGAGACAAGUAUCCACCUGGACAAAGCAGUACUCUGCGACAGCCCACAGAGACAUCCCAGUGAUGAAUGAACUCUCUGACUGGUUGUUGAAAAAUCUGCCGGAGACAGACGAUGAGGUCACGCUCGUCCAUGGAGAUUUCCGACUGGAUAACUUGAUUUUCCACCCAACAGAGGCACGUGUGAUAGCGGUGUUGGACUGGGAGCUGUCUACCACAGGGAACCCAUUCAUAGACCUGGCCUACUUUCUGAUGCUUCACUACUGGCCUGCAGAAUUCAGCAUUGACAGCCAGUUGGGCAGUGUUAAAGGAGUAGAAGGUGUUCCAGCUGUUGAGGAUCUGGUCUCCAUUUACUGCAGGUGUCGAGGGAUCCCAUGCACUUUGCCAAAAUUAAAUUUUUAUCUGGCCCUUUCAGUCUUUAAAAUUGCAGCAAUUGCCCAGGGCAUCUAUGCUCGCCACCUCCUGGGUAAUGCCAGCGCACCCAAUGCAGCUCAGUUCGGACAGUGUGUGGAGCCGGCUGCUCAGAUAGGUUUGCAGCUUGCAAAAAGGCCUCUCACAGGUCCAACAAGAGACAGGCUGUUCGUCCAAACAGCUAAAGGCCAGGCUGUUCUCCAGCAGGUUAAAGACUUCAUGCGACAAUAUGUGCUUCCUGCUCAAGAGGCAGUUGCAGAAUACUACACCAAGCACGCUCAGUCUCCACAGAGGUGGGACACCCCCAAAGUAAUAGAGGAUCUGAAGGUAAAAGCCAAGCAGGCGGGGCUGUGGAACCUUUUCCUGCCUUCAGUCAGUGGACUCACUCAGCUGGACUACGCUUUUAUUGCAGAAGAAACAGGACGGUGCCUCUUUGCCCCAGAAGUCUUUAACUGCCAGGCCCCUGACACAGGAAAUAUGGAAGUACUCCAUAUGUUUGGCAGUGAGGAACAGAAAAAGAAAUGGCUGGAACCUCUACUGAGAGGAGAGAUCCGCUCCUGCUUCUGUAUGACAGAGCCCGACGUUGCUUCCAGUGAUGCAACCAACAUGGAGUGCACUCUUCGCAGGGAUAAAAACAGCUACAUCAUAAAUGGCAAAAAAUGGUGGAGCAGUGGUGCAGGCAACCCCCAGUGUAAAGUCGCCCUCGUCAUGUGCAGGAGCCACUCUGAGGACGUGGGCAGCCGGUCAGCAGAGGCCAGACACGGCCAGCACAGUGUGGUCCUGGUGCCAAUGGACACAGCAGGUGUGAAGCUCAUCCGACCGCUGACCGUGUUCGGACAGGACGAUGCCAUCCAUGGCGGCCACUUUGAGGUGCACUUUGAAGAUGUCCGUGUACCCGUCUCCAGCAUUAUUCUGGGAGAGGGCAGAGGAUUUGAGAUCGCUCAGGGUCGGCUGGGUCCGGGCAGGCUGCAUCACUGUAUGAGAGCUGUGGGCUUAGCCGAGUUGGCCUUAGAGCUGCUGUGCCAGCGGGCUGCUUCCAGGCACACAUUUGGAAAAAAGCUGUACCAGCAUGAAGUUGUCGCUCACUGGAUAGCUGAAUGUCGACUCAGUAUAGAGCAGACCCGCCUGUUGACCCUCUGUGCUGCACACGCUCUGGACACUCUGGGCAGUCAGGCUGCUCGCAAGCAGAUCGCUCUGAUCAAGGUGGCCGCAGCCAGGAUGGCCUGUAAGGUGGUGGACUGCUCCAUCCAGGUGCACGGAGGGGCAGGUUUGUCAGGAGACUUCCCUCUUGCACAGAUGUAUGCAUACGCACGGACUCUGCGCAUCGCUGAUGGACCAGAUGAAAAUGGAGAGAGACUCUGUAAUACACUCCACGAUCUCCUCGGCCGCCUCAGCGUGGCUCAGACAGAACAGCAUGGCUUCUGCGAUGUCCCCCCUCCUGGGGGUCAAACCCCGAAGCAUCUCUUCCAGUUUGUCCCGCUCACUGCA